AUGUCCACCACACCAAUUACGCUCCUGCCACCACCACCACCCACACCCACAGAAGUAACCCACCAAGCAUACACAACUCAUUCUGAUCAAGGGUCGGUUGGGCCCGUCAUUGCGGUUCUUGUAGUCAUCACUCUUCUGGGUAUCCUUUCAGCUUUGAUUGGUAGGCUUUGUUCCGGUCGUCGCGUCAUGGGUUAUGGCGAAUACGACAUUGAAUCAUGGAUUGAAACCAAAUGUUCUUCUUGUGUUGGCGGCAGACUAGACCCUCCUCUUCCACCACAGUCGCCUCCGCCGGUGAAUGAACCUGAUGCUGUUGAGGAUUCUCAGGAGAUAACAGAAGAUCAACAGUCACAACAAGAAUCAGGGCAAAGCUCAGUUGGCCAUAGUAGUAGUUAA